UAAAUAUGUUAUCAGUAACAUCAAAAUUAGCUUCAAUUCAGAAAAGUGAUCCAAUAAUUUGGCGGGAAUAUGGAAAGCGAGCCAACUACGCGAAGUUUAAUAACAUAUAUGCAAUAUCCAUUAACGAAGAACUACUGCGUGGAGAUAGAUACAGUUCUGGUCGAUGUGAUAAUAUUAAUCCAUGGAAUCGUCAAUGGGCUGCAUAUCAUUUAAGUUAUCCAAAUACUUGUAGAGGAUCAAUUCAGUCCUGUUGGCUCAAAGCCAAAACCAAAAAGCGGAAGGCAAUCGAAGAAAGACUGGCUAACACAAAAACUACAAUGUAUGCAACUUACAACUUUCAUAUGUAUCAAUAUCUCCGAGAUAUUAAACAUCAAGAACAGAUAAUUUUGGAUCAUACUGGUAACGAUUGCUACUGUCUUUGCGAACGUCAUUAUAAUUAUAAAAAUAAUCCGCGUGGUGAUUUACUUGAUUCCAUUUGUUAUGAUCCAGUUUCAGUUGAUGACGGAUAUGUUGCAACUGGCGCGAGAUUUAAAAGGCACGACAACGUAAUGUACCUUGAACUUCGACAAGGUAUAUUAUCAGAAGGACGAAUUGAUCCUGAUACUUUAAUGUGGAAAAUUUCUGAUAGAUGUAAUUUAACAAAGAAAGUGGUUUAUAAUUUUCGUAACGAUGGCACCUAUGAUGGACUUGAAAUCAUAUUGGAAGAUAUGAUUUUGCCCGAAAAUGCAGUUGUUACAGGCGUUACGUUGGGCCAAUCAUUGCACGGACGUUAUAUUAAUGACAGUGGAUAUUUCGAUAAUGAUAAAAGUGAAGUUGUAAAAAAAAGUCAAUGCCGCGGGAGUACCACUGAUUUGGUGCAUGGUCAUUCAGAUCUCCUGCCGUCUACGUCUUUGAUAGGAAUUAAUAAUGAGCUUAGUAAAUCAUGCGAACAUAAAAUAGUAUUUGGUGGCACUGCUGCGAAGUCAAAUAAUGUACAACACGUUGUUCCGUAUGUUGAUUUACAGGAGAUCGUUACCGAUCAAAAUUCACCUGAGCCUCUUCGCGGAAUUGGUUGGUAUUAUCGCAGUCAUCCUGGCUAUGGAGGAUACUUGGCUCUUAAGAUUUUCAAAUAAUUGUAAAUUUC